UCAACGAAUGUGUUCGUUGUGUAAGUAAGAGACUAAACGUGUGGGAGGGCGCCUUUUUCCCGUCUCUUUUUUUAGCCGUCGUGUUUUUUGUUUUUUUCCCCUCUGGUGGGCAGCUGGCUUCGUGUUCUCCGACUCCUCCCGCCGUGUGAUGAAGUUGAGAUGGUGUGAGUGAGGAGCUCACACAUACAAGCACAGUGGAGCCUCCCGACGGUUGGAUGCCACGAUGGGGAGAGGCAUGGAACGCCACCGUGGGAGCUUUUGAGAAGAACACCCCUAACUAGUCAAUCUUUACCCACUUUUCACGGAAUAUGUCGCCCAGCGCCUUUUAAGUGAAGGCGGGCGGCGUUCCUCGCCACCGACUUGCCGUCGCCUGCUUCCCCCGCUGAGGAGCCGCCUCCCCGGGCAGGCUCUCUACGUGGAACUCGCCCGCCCACCACGGUGCUCCGUAACCGGCCAUGGAGUAGUUUCCCCCCCAAAAGUGUUGUUUUCUUUGUUGAAUUCUAUUAUUUUCGGAGAAGUGGGGAGGUAAAGUUCGGGCAAUGCUGGUAUGGCCGCCUCCGGGGCUAAGUGUCCGAAGAGUGAGAAGUUGGACGAGGCGCAGGCUUUAGCCAAAAGCUGCGCGGGGAGACCAGACUUUCUGCCGUGUGAUGGACUCUCCAUCUGCGCCACGCACAGCCAUGGAAAGUGCUUCAAGCUGCACUGGUGCUGCCACCUGGGAUGGUGCCACUGCAAGUACGUGUACCAACCCAUGACCAACGUGUGCCAGCUGCCCAGCACGGCGGUUCCAACAACAUCCACCGAGUACAGCAGCACCAUGGACCUUUCCGUUUCCCUGGCAGAGCGCUUCCUAAAGCUAGCGCCCUGCUUCCGCUCGCCCCCUCACCUGGAGUCCCCCAAGUACUGCGUGAUCGCCGACCUGUUCGUGGACGACUACGUGGUCAAACGCAUCAACGGAAAGAUGUGCUACGUGCAGCGCCCUUUACCGCCCGAAGCGCCUCGCCCGCCCGCGCCUCAACCACAACCCACCACCGAGGCUGCGCCGCCCGCCGACUACAAACGCGCCUCCCCCCUGAACAAAGUCAAGGGUCCCAAAAUGGACCACUGCUCAUCCCCGUCCAGCUCCGAGGACUCCGGCAUCAACGCGCUGGGCCUGCACUGUAUGGAAUCGUGCGAGGACGAGAGCGAGCGGGAGGACGACGAGCUGAGCACGGAUGGAAAUUCCAGCCCCGGAAGCCUGUGGGAUCAUGACGACAGCUCCCUCCUCUCGCCCUCCAAGUCCACUGUGGAGAUCAUCGAAAAGAUUGAAACAACUGUCUGAGAGAGCGACAGAAGCGCCGCAGGAUUUAGCCAAGAUGAGCCCGGUGGAUCAAAAGCCCCUUCAAGGGAACAGGGGCUUUGUCUUGUUUGUUUUCCGCUUCACACUCUUAUUCACGUUCCCUGCAUGGAGUCUAUUUCUACUGCUUUUAACGGACGGGACACAAAAAUGAAGCACAAGAGCACAUAGCACAUGAUUGAAAAUAGGAAAGACAAAAGCAAGGUGAAAGUAUGAAGGAGUUUUAAGGCCAUACUGAAAAGAGAACCGAUCAGAAUAUAAAAUUAGAAGGAUAAAGUCAUACUUUUAAUCAUUCACUGCCAUUGAUGGUGAUAGACGUCCAAUUCACUUUGACUGGAAGGGGUGGCAGCGAUCAUUCGAUCGUUCUAAAAGGCUGUUUUUGUGGAUGCAGGAGCGUAAAAUCAGGCGCAUCUCUAGUUUUGUGCGAGUGCAAAACUCGCUGCGUGAAAAUUUUCAAGUCUUGUACUGGGAAAUGUUGAUUUAUUAUGAUAAAAAAAAUCCUAUUUAGACAUUUAUUGGUAAUUUACUGCAAAAUUUCCUUUUUGUUACUGUUACAAACUACUUUUUUCUUGUAAAAUGACGACAUUCGCGAGAGACAAUAUUUUAAGUUUAACAAUAUUUUAAUUGUAAAACUAUAAAUUUAUACACAUUAACAUGUAUAAGUGCAACUUUUCUUUAAAAGAUGUAAAUUCUGAACUCAUACAAAAGUUCUUUCGUAAAUUUUCUUAUAACAAUCUUUUUUUUUUAAUAGAUUUUUUUCCCUUGUUAUAUUUCUUGGGGGAAGG